GGUCGUUUACAAGCUUACAGGCUUUCUAAAAAUAUACGACAUAUAUCGUGACAUUAUGAGCUUACACUCAUAAUUAUUGUCAUCUAUUUUUGUUUUUAUUUAUAUUUUUUGUUUGCUUUUUGUUUAAUCUUACUAUCUAUCUACCUUUUUUAAAGCAUAUUGUACUUUCUUUCUUUUAAUUUUUUUUAAAUGCAUUUAAAAUGUCAAUGUUAAGUCAAUGUCCAAAGAGAGCAGCAUGUUGCCAAAGCCAUCAGUUUAACUUGUUUUCUGCAUUUCUAUAUUUUCUGAGAGUUUGUAAAUGAGUUCUUUAAGCUUCUGUCCAUUUUUCCAAACUUCUACAGCUAAGUCUCUUUCUGUAUUCACUACAAGAUUUUUCAUACGCAUUGAUUGUUUUAUUUUGUGAGAUGAAGUACUUCCUCUCAGCAGACCCUGUUCUCUCUGCAGGUUGCUGGAUUCACACUGUUCCAGUCACUGACAUCAGGCUGCAGAGAUGGAGAGUGGUCCAGUCGCUCAUGCGGAAAAUGCACAUGUGGCAGUAUGGUUUGCGUUGAAGAGGCUGGACCUAAAUGAUCACAGAGUUAUAGCGCUGAAAGAAGUUCACAUUCCAAGAGGGACAAAAAUUACAACAGUGAGGCAGAUUGUAGCUCGUUCUUUCAGACUGGACAUUGCUCAGGUCACCUUCAAGAUACGAAACAGUCAAGGCUUUUUAAUCCCUUUGAAUGGCCUCAUACCAGUGAACACCAAACAAAUGCCUUAUGUCUUGGAAGUGGCCAGAUAUUUUCAGCAUGUUAAUGCAAAACCCAGAAAUAUUGCUAUGACAGUGAUAAACAGCAGCUUGAAGUCGAGACUACAGAGUGUUGUGAGACGGAUUGAAAGGCUGGAAGAACUCCUUCCUCAAAUCAAGCAAAAGCAGAAUGAGAAGAUGGACAAGGAUAUAGAACUACUGAACCAGAAAAUGAUAUUCCUGCACAAAAGAAUGCAGAUGGCAGAGUCCUACUGCUGGGAGGGGAUGUUUAAGCGAGCGCCACUGUGGUGAUCAUUUUAUUCUCUACUCCACUCCAUCCUCCUCUGUAAAGAGCAGGGAAUCUAAACAUUUACACUAUGUGCUCAACUCAACUCAACUCAAAUAUAUGUGUUCAAAUAUUAAAGCCUAACAUACUCUUACAAAAGCA